AAUGUCACUCUCACAUUACGGUGUGUUGAUGCUUGCUUGAUGGCAUUAGUGAUGGGGCAGCCCGGGUCGUCAUUGAGGGCGUCAGCGGCAAACGGCUGCAGACUUGGCUGUUGUUGCUUAGGAAUUCCGUAUGCAGCGAUGGCGGCAUUGUUCUCGUCGGAACCGAUGGUGUUGACAUAUAGGACGGACAGAGUGGGUGUGUACUGUUGCAUCACUGUUAUUCUCAAGCCACCUUCUCCGUGUCUUUCGCUGCAUUGAUUCUCCUGAGAUUCCGCCACUACGCCAUGGCAUCCAAGCUCUCUCUUGAAAACAAGGAUGCGCCUGACUCUGAUCAGGAGAGGCAGUCUUCAGGUGAUGAGCUGAACAACGAUGAGCUCGCCCGCAUUGAGAGACUCGGUCGCCAGAGGCCAGAGCAACUCACAUCUAUCUGGCAAGAAAUCGGGUUCGUCUUCUCGAUAACCGUUUCCCAAGCCCUCAACGAAUACAUGGUCAGCGGGUUCACCAUUCUACUACCCACCGUCGCAAGAGAACUCUCGAUCGAUCCGACUUCGCAGACAUGGCCCGCCAGUGUCUUCUCCCUCGUCGUGGCGUCUUUCUUGCUCCCGUUCGGAAGAAUAGGGGACAUGUACGGAGGAUACCCGGUAUAUAUCGGCGGUUGCGUCUGGUACUGCAUCUGGGCUUUGAUCGCUGGGUUCGCGCAGAACGAGGUCAUGCUCAAUGUCUGUCGGGCGAUACAGGGGCUUGGACCAGCAGCGUACUUGCCAGCGGGGCUGCAGCUUUUAGGAAGCAUGUAUCGACCUGGUCCUAGGAAGAACUUGGUCUUUGCGAUUUAUGGCGCAAUGGCUGCGAUUGGAUUCUUUAUUGGACUCUUCUUCGCUGGCGUCGCGGGGGAAUAUGCUAAUUGGAGAUGGUACUUCUGGAUUGGGACAAUGCUCGGCGCCGUCGUGGUUGUCGCAUCAUUGUUCUGUAUCCCAAACGACAUGGAAGCGCACAAGCUAUCCUACGUGAAGAUGGACUGGCUUGGGAGUCUCUUCACCAUCACGGGAUUGGUUCUGGUGGUGUUCGCUAUCACUUCCUCCAGCCAUGACGGCUGGACCGCUCCAUAUAUCCUGGCCACGUUCCUGCUCGGUCUGGCUUCUCUGGGGAUAGCUUUUUGGAUUGAGGGGUGGGUGGCAGCACAGCCUUUACUGCCAUUCGAGAUUUUCACCAAGAAGCAUGUCCGUCCAUUCAUGCUCGGCCUCCUGUUCUCCUACGGCACCUGCGGGAUAUACCUCCUUUAUGCAACACUUUUCUGCAUGAACAUUCUCGGUGCUUCGCCGAUGCAACUUGUCGCAUGGUAUACACCAAGUGCGACCAUCGGUAUAAUAUUAGCGAUCACGGGCGGCGCAUUACUGCAUAAAGUGCCGCCAAUGAUACUUCUGGUCAUCACCGGCUGCGCGAUUAUUAUUGAGUCGGUUCUGUUUGCACUCGCUCCGUCCGAUGCCUACUAUUGGGCCUGGAUCUUUGUGCCGAUGGUCAUGAUGACUCUGUCCAUUGACAUAGUCUUCACAGUAGCAAAUGUCUUCUUCUCGAGCACACUCCGGAGAAGCCAACAAGGUCUGGCUGGAUCGCUCUCCAAUGUUUUGAUGCAGCUUGGAAUCGCUGUGCUACUGGGAUUUGCGGAGCUCGUCGGAUCAGAGACCGCGCAUCAGGGUCUGAAGCAGAGUUACCAUAAUGUGUUUUGGUUCAAUCUGGCAUGCGGAGCCACGGCGCUUGUAAUAUUCGUGGCUUUUGUACGAGUGCCCCGACAGAAGAGCGACCUGACUGCUGAUGAGAAGGCGCUGAAGUUGGAAGCUGAAGCAGUGUGAGAUAGUUCACUUGAAUAGCCAGGACUUCGCUUCAGCUCAUCGAGCGAUGUUUGCAGUCGCUGUUUCCAGUCCAACGCCUGCAUGACUACCUGUAAAUGGAAGCAGCUGAAAAUGCCGACUACGUGUAGACUCCGUUCUAAGUGAUCCUUGGCAUACGUUGGGGAUAGGCGUAGUCGAGACACGUCCACCUCCAAGGCGCAGCAAUUGUUAUUUUGAUCGUAGCGAGUCCGGAGAGGAUGACUUCCGCUGAAGUUGAAGCAAGGAGCGAGCCUGAUAUCGGCA